CGGGGCCAUGGCGAGCGCGGCGCGGGGGCUCGGGCUGGCGCUGCUGCUGGCGCUGCUGCCGGGCCUGGCCCGCGCCACGCAGAAGAAGGCGGAGGCGGCGGCGCCGGGCGAGACGCUGCGGUACCUGCACUCGGCCGAGCUGGGCGAGGCGCUGCGGGCGCUGGCGGCCGCGGCCCCCCCGGGCCUGGCGCGGCUCUUCAGCAUCGGCGAGUCGGUGGAGGGGCGGCAGCUGUGGGUGCUGCGCCUGACGGCGGGGCUGGCGCCGGAGGGGGCCGGCGAGGAGCCCGGCGGCGCGGCCCUGCCCGGCCGGCCGCAGGUGAAGCUGGUGGGGAACAUGCACGGGGACGAGCCGCUGGCCCGGCCGCUGCUGCUUCGCCUGGCGCAGGAGUUGGUGCGGGGCUGGACCGACGGCGACACGCGCGUCGUCCGCCUGCUCAACACCACCGACCUCUACCUGCUGCCCAGCCUCAACCCCGACGGCUUCGAGCGCGCCCGCGAAGGCGACUGCGGCGGCGGAGGCGAGGAGAGCGGCCGGGUGAACAGCCGCGGCCGUGACCUCAACCGCAGCUUCCCUGACCAGUUCGGGGCCACUGAGCCCGACCUGGAGGCCGUGCCCGAGGUGCGAGCCCUCAUCGCCUGGAUGCGCCGCAACAAGUUUCUGCUCUCUGGCAAUCUCCACGGUGGCUCAGUGGUUGCAAGCUAUCCCUAUGAUGACUCUCCCACACAUAAUCCCACAGGAGUGUACAGUAAAUCAGCUGAUGAUGAAGUGUUCAAAUAUCUGGCAAAAGCUUAUGCCUCACAUCACCCCAUAAUGAGAACUGGCAAACCCAAUUGCCCUGGCGAGGAGGGAGAGACUUUCCAAGACGGUAUCACAAAUGGUGCCCAGUGGUAUGAUGUGGAAGGUGGGAUGCAGGAUUACAACUAUGUGUGGGCCAACUGCUUUGAGAUCACGUUGGAGCUGUCCUGCUGCAAAUAUCCUCCGACCUCUGAGCUUCAGCAGGAGUGGGAGAACAACCGGGACUCUCUCCUUGCGUUCAUUGAGAAGGUCCACAUUGGUGUGAAGGGCUUUGUCAGGGAUGCAGUCACUGGAGCUGGCCUGGAGAAUGCCACCAUUGUUGUUGCUGGUAUUGCUCACAACAUCACAGCGGGCAAGUUUGGUGAUUACCACCGACUGCUUGUGCCUGGGACCUACAACGUGACUGCAGUUGUAAUGGGAUACACACCAGUGACCAGAGAGAACAUUGAGGUGAAGGAAGGAGCUGCAACAGAAGUGGAUUUUUCCUUGCAGCCAACUGUAAUGCCACCAGCGCUUAACGUCACACAGUUCACAGCAACCCCUGCUCCUGUCUCUACCGUCAUCCCCACCUCUGUGCAGGCAGAGCCCCCAAGCCCAACCUCUCUCCAUCAGCCCAUCCAACCUGUGGACUUUCGCCACCAUCACUUCUCAGACAUGGAGAUCUUCCUGCGGCGCUAUGCCAGCGAGUACCCCGGCAUCACCCACCUCUACUCCGUGGGCAAGUCGGUGGAGCUGCGCGAGCUCUACGUGAUGGAGAUCUCUGACAAUCCUGGCGUCCACGAAGCAGGUGAGCCAGAGUUCAAGUACAUUGGUAACAUGCAUGGGAAUGAAGUUGUGGGCCGAGAGCUUCUCCUGAAUCUCAUUGAGUACCUCUGCAAGAACUUUGGCACAGAUCCUGAAGUGACUGACCUGGUCCAGAACACAAGGAUCCAUAUCAUGCCGUCCAUGAACCCUGAUGGCUAUGAGAAGUCCCAGGAAGGAGACAGAGGAGGUACCAUUGGCAGAAACAACAGCAACAACUACGACCUGAACCGGAACUUCCCAGACCAGUUCUUCCACGUGACAGACCCUCCACAGCCAGAAACUCUCGCUGUCAUGGCCUGGUUAAAGAUGUACCCGUUUGUGCUCUCAGCAAACCUGCACGGAGGUUCUUUGGUGGUUAAUUACCCUUUUGAUGACGAUGAACAAGGAAUAGCCAUAUACAGUAAAUCCCCAGAUGAUGCUGUGUUCCAGCAGCUGGCACUUUCCUACUCCAAGGAAAAUACAAAGAUGUACCAGGGAAGCCCUUGUAAGGAUAUGUACCCCACUGAAUACUUCCCACAUGGCAUCACUAAUGGGGCUCAGUGGUACAACGUUCCAGGUGGGAUGCAAGACUGGAAUUACUUAAAUACAAACUGCUUUGAAGUGACCAUUGAGUUGGGCUGUGUGAAAUAUCCGAAAGCUGAGGAGCUGCCCAAGUACUGGGAGCAGAACCGCCGGUCACUCCUCCAGUUCAUGAAACAGGUUCACCGCGGCAUCUGGGGAUUUGUGCUGGAUGCCACAGACAGAAGGGGCAUCCUCAACGCCACCAUCAGCGUCGCCGACAUCGACCACCCCGUGACCACCUACAAGGAUGGAGAUUACUGGCGCCUUCUGGUCCAGGGGACGUACAGAGUCACAGCAUCUGCCCGGGGGUAUGAUCCAGUCACUAAGACGGUGGAAGUUGGCAGCAAAGGUGGGGUGCAGGUCAACUUCACUCUUUCACGGACAGACAUCAAAGUGGAGGAGGGGAAGGUGCCAGUCUUGAACACCCCAAACACCAGUGACCCCAGUGAGAAGGAGUUUGAGACCCUGAUCAAGGAUCUCUCUGCUGAGGAUGGCCUGGAGCGCCUGCUGCUGACCUCCUCGGGGGAUAUUGCUCCGUACCGAUACCGCCCCUACAAGGACCUCUCAGAGUUCCUCCGAGGCCUCUACCUGAACUACCCACACAUCACAAAUCUCACCAGUUUGGGUCAGAGCGUCGAGUUCCGUCAGAUCUGGUCCCUUGAAAUCUCCAACAAGCCCAACCAGUCUGAGCCUGAGGAGCCAAAGAUCCGCUUCGUGGCUGGUAUUCACGGGAACGCUCCCGUUGGGACAGAGCUGCUCCUGACACUGGCAGAAUUUCUUUGCAUGAACUACAAGAAGAACACUGUUGUUACAAAGCUGAUUGACCGAACUCGGAUUGUGAUUGUUCCUUCCCUGAAUCCCGACGGACGUGAGGUAGCGCAGGAGAGAGGCUGCACCUCGAAGAUAGGCUGGACUAAUGCUCAUGGCAAAGAUCUGGACAUGGACUUCACAAGCAAUAAUUCCCGAUACUCGAGGGCACAAGAGCCUGAGACCAAAGCCAUCAUGGACAGCUUGAUACUGAAGCAGGAUUUCAGCCUCUCAGUUGCACUGGAUGGAGGAUCUCUGCUUGUCACUUACCCGUAUGACAGGCCAGGCCAGGCAGUGGAAAACAAAGAAACACUGAAGCAUUUGGCAUCUCUGUAUGCAAACAACCAUCCACUGAUGCAUUUGGGCCAGCCAGGUUGUCCAAAUAAAUCAGAUGAGAAUAUUCCUGGUGGAGUGAUCCGUGGCUCUGAGUGGAACAGUCACUUGGGAAGUAUGAAGGAUUACAGUGUCAUAUUUGGUCAUUGUCCUGAGAUCACUGUUUAUACCAGCUGCUGCUACUUCCCGAGCGCAGGACAGCUUCCCAGCCUGUGGGCAGACCACAGGAAAUCCCUCCUCAGCAUGCUGGUGGAGGUUCAUAAGGGAAUCCAUGGCUUUGUCAGAGAUGAGAGUGGCAAGGCAAUUUCUAAAGCUCUCGUUGUUCUUAACGAAGGUUUGAGUGUCUCUACUAAAGAAGGCGGCUACUUCCACGUGCUCUUGGCUCCGGGUUUGUAUAACAUCAACGUGAUAGCCGAGGGCUACCAGCAGAAACAUGUCAAGGUCUUUGUCCGCCAGGAUGCUCCCAGCUCCGUCUUCAUUGUGUUUGACACGGAAAACAGGAUAUUUGGUCUGCCAAGGCAGCUGGUUGUAACUGUUGCAGCUGCAAGUAUGUCUGCUCUUGUCCUCACUGCUGGGAUCAUCUGGUGUGUCUGCUCCAUUAAGUCCAACAGACACAAGGAUGGCUUCCACCGCCUCCGCCAGCACCACGACGAGUACGAGGAUGAAAUCCGCAUGAUGUCCACCAGCUCAAAGAUGUCCCUCCUCAGCCAUGAGUUCCAGGAUGAAACAGACACUGAAGAAGAAACAUUGUACUCCAGCAAACACUGACACCUCCAGGCAGGACAGGAGCUUCCCAUGGACCAGGCCUGGUGGUGGGAGGCAAUCCCUGUGGUUCAGUUUUGAAAUGUUAGUUUGCAGGAGGUAUCCCCCAGAAGUAUGUGGGUGGCAGCUCCCAACUUCCCUCUCUUUGCUCUGUUCCUGUGUACAUGCAAAUUGGUGGGUGUUGGAGGCUGUGUUUGGGUUAAGGACAUGGCUUGUUACAUUUGUGGGUGAGGAUCUGUGGGUUUAGGUGACAUUGUUUCAAAGGCAACUUAAGGUGGCCAGGAAUGUUCCCAGCACUUCCCCAGCAUCUCAGCACAGUGAGCAGAUGAUGGGAAAGUGCCACAAGACCUGCAAGGAAUUGUAGUUACAGAACUCCAAAGUGGUUUCUCUACCUGUUUUGAUUUGAUGUUUUCCUCUCAGUACCUGGGGAAAGCCAGAUUCUUCACUUGGCUCCACGUUCUGCAGAGCAGCCCUUGGAAAAAGACCAAAAAAACCCCAAACCUUUGAUUCUCAGUUGCUCCCUUGGAGCUUUUCCCUGCCAUGAGAUGCUGUGGCCUGCUGUGAUCUGCAGUGGUUGUGGAGCACCUCUGGUGUAUUGUUAAUUCCAAGCAGUGACUUGGCAUCCUGAGAGCUGGAGGAGAGGACAUCCAUUCUUGAUGUGAGAUGGAGAAAAGAGCGAAUGUCAGAGCUUCACUGAACUCUGACAAAGUUCAAUUGCUUGCCAGCUCUGCAGCAUUGCUGUUCCUGACUUCUGGGGAAGAAAAAAGCUGUAUCCCCAUAACCUCUGCUUGCUUUUCGUUUGUGUCCUAGACCUGGUCUUUGGGGUCUUGUGUUAGCCUUACAACAGCAGUGUCUGAAAGAGCAACCAAAGGUUGUUCUAAGCAAGUGGAUCAAGUGAUUAUGGUGGUUACUGUAGAAAAGCAGUCUGUUAUUGACUCCCCCUGAUCAGUUUUGCUCAAGUCCACCACUGUUCAGGAGGAAUCAGUGGAAUCUGACCACUGCCUUGUAUUUGAGCAUUACUGGGGCAGCAGGGAGAGGUUGUGGGACUAUCCAUGGCCCAACUUCAGUCUUAGAUUUUGAAGAAAAGCUGCACCAUUUGCCAUUGUCCACCUCAUACUAUUUAGUGAUCAGAGCACUUUGGAAACACUCUUUCAUCGAGCUCUGGUGAUGGUGGGUAUCAAAUGCACCUCACACUCCACUCUGUCUGGCUGUUCCAGCGUCUCUGAAGUGUGUAGCAAGAGCUCCACCUGGUUGUGACUGCAGUCGUGGCUGCUGCUCUGGGGGUGCAAGGCCUGAGCGAGAGCUGAAUGGCUGUGCUGGAGAGGGGAAAAGCAGCCAAAUUCUGCUUUGUAGCACUUGGCAGGAAUUUGAAAAGAGGAGCCUCAGUGUGCAUUCCCAAAGCACAGGCAGAGGGGGUGUGGAAGGGAUGUACAGAAGGGCAGAAUGGCUGAAAUGUUUGAUUCCAAAGCCCUCAUACAUCUCUGACAUUCCUCUGCAUUCUGGGCAGAAUAGGGCAGAAUUCUGGGGUUAGAAUAGGCACUUAUUUUCUUACUGCUCAUUUUCUUCUUGAAUCCUUUCCUGCCUGACCUGAGUGCUGCACUGCAGGAGCCUGGCACAGCCAUGUCUGGGACGUCUGGUUUGCUGUGUGCUCAUCUGUUCUCCAGCAUCCUGAGGAGUUCACUAGUGAAACCUGCACAUGGUAUCUAUGAAGGAAUGUUUGCACCCAAAACUAUGCUGGGAUCUGUUGUACAGAGCUCUGACACGGUCUGCUCUGGGAGAACAGCACCAUGGGCUCCCUGGUGAAGGCUGUGUCCUUGUUGGGCUGUGUCACUGUGGGAAGGAGUUGCUCCUGCCCUCUGCCUCUGGCAGCUGCCCUUCCAGAAUCACAUGCCUGUGGCCAUGCUGUGUGCUCAUCUCAGCUGAUUUUGUGCAGCUAUCUGGAGGACAUAGCUAACCCUUACACACCAGUAUGCCUUCUUCCCUGUUCCAUGGGGCAUUCAGUUGCAAGAAACGUGAUAAGAACUAUCUGGGGAGACGUGCUGGAAGGAGGGAGAGGAGGCCAAGCAUGCCCCCUGCUCCUAUCUUGCAUAGCUCUGGGGUGAAAGCUGCUUUUGUUGCCUCUGUUCUGCAGGAGCUGUGACUGUCUCUGUGCCUGCCCUGCUCAUCCUUCUGAGCCAGGGAGGGAGUCUGGUCUUGGGCUGUGACCCUUUUCCACGUGCAACAGGCUCCACUAACCCUGCCUGAUCUCUGAGCUGUUCCUGCCUCUGAGAGCUUUACCAAGAGACACAGCAGGGUGGGGGUUAUAUGAAAGUUGAGUUGCAAAGGGCUCUUUGUAUGCUGGUUGGGCUUUGUUUGGUAAUGGACUGAGCUGACCUUGCUUUGUCCCACUAGCAAUAACUGUGGUUAGGAGCUGCGUUUUCCUCGCAGUAGGUGUGUGUUUUAAGGCAAACGGAGUCGAGAUGUUUUGCAGACAUGUGAGACUUCCCCCAGCAGAGGCUCAGGUGGGGGUCUGGCUCUCGCUGCGGCACUGGAGCCAUUUGGUGCCAGUUUUGGGAAGGCAGGAGCAGCUUCCCCUGGUUGUCUGUCCGUCCAUCCGCAGCAGCGCCCGUGUCCCUCCUGGCCAGGAGCCGCCUCCCCGCGGGCGCCGGUCCCUGCAGCGUGUGGGUCUGUGCACUGUGCCUUCAAAUGUACAUUUAUAAAGGGACUUGAAUCGCCUCCUGGGACGGGGCGGCGUGAGGCGAGGCUGGGCUCUGCCCUCAGCCCGGCCCUGUUUUUUACCUGUAUACUGAGAGCCAAUAAUCUGUAUAAAACUAUUUUGAUGUCCA